UGUCUGUACAGCUUCGCCUCAGGACUAUAAAGAUGGUGGACGUUACCUCUUCCAAAGAAUCAUCCUCUCGCAGAUACUCUUCCAACACUCACUACCCUCACUCCCGAGCACCUCGUCAAGAUGCAGUACAAGGCAAUGAUGGCUGGCCUCUUGGCCUCCGCAGUCAACGCUGCGCCUACUCCUCAGGACUCCGACAUCGUCGGUGGCACUGUUGCUGCGGCUGGCGACUUCCCCUUCAUCGUCUCUCUGCAGCAAAGCGGCUCCCACUUCUGCGGUGGUUCCCUCCUCAACGCCAACACUGUCAUCACUGCCGCUCACUGCACUGUCGGCCAGACUGCUUCCUCCCUCACUGUCCGUGCUGGAAGCCUGGACCGCAGCUCUGGUGGAACCGUCGUCAGAGUCUCCUCCCUCACGGUGCACCCCAGCUUCUCCAGCUCCACACUCAACAACGACGUCGCUAUCUGGAAGCUCGCCACCUCCAUCCCCACCAGCAGCACCAUCGGUUAUGCCUCUCUGGCCGCCUCUGGCUCCGACCCCACCUCCGGCAGCACCGCUACCGUUGCCGGUUGGGGAACCCUGACCUCGGGCGGCUCCUCUUUGCCCACCACGCUCCGCAAGGUUGAUGUACCCGUUGUCUCUCGCGCUACCUGCCGCAACAACUACUCCGUCAGCGAGAUCACCGACAACAUGUUCUGUGCCGGUGUUACUGCUGGUGGCAAGGACUCUUGCCAGGGUGACUCUGGAGGUCCCAUUGUCAACUCUUCUAAGACUCUCAUCGGUCUUGUCUCUUGGGGUGAGGGCUGCGCUGCGGCUGGCAAGCCUGGUGUUUACGCUCGCGUUGGCACUCUCCGCUCUUUCAUCGACGCCAACUUGUAAACAUUGGAGACAGACUACGAAGGGAUGUGAUGUGUCAGGAUGCGGGAGUGUGGGUAGUGUUAUGUUGCAAGUAGUCGUCUAUGGUUCUUCAGCGAUCAGAUUCGCAAGAACACAGCCCCUAUGGCAUUGUUAAAUAAGACAUAAUCGCAGUACGACCUCGGA